CUUGCAACCAUUAUCGCCUCACCAGAGUCCGUGCAGACUCCGUAUUCACAUCUUCGGUAACUCAGCUUGGACAGUGCUAGCUUAAUGAAACCUUCAGGCUUCAGAGACUUUCUUCUUCUCAAGGACUUUCAGCAGAAGUCUGAGCCUCCUGUGCAGAGGCCGAAACACAGAGUAUUAUGGCGGUGCUGAGCAGGGGUUUCUGCAGCAUGUGUUGGAGAAGAUUGCCAAAUUAAGGCAAUCGUUGCAAGUGCUCAGGCUGCAAACACCUCGCAUCAACCCACGCAGCGUCUAGUUCCCACCGCAUCAAAUUUUGAGAAUUGAGCGUGCCUGCAUCUGAAAGGCUGAUUUUUCAACUUCAUUUUUGCCAGCCUCUUUGGGGACAGCUUACCAAUCACCAUGGCACAGUCUGCGCUGCUCAAAACGAGCAGCAUUGCCGGGAUUGUCAGGGACAGCAACCACUUGUCACAGCUGGAGUCCACCGCUUCUUUUAGCCCUCUCUCAAGCAAACUCCCAUUCCAGCAUGGAGAGUCCUUCUUAGGAAAUGGAACAGAACUUCGGCAUUGCAAGCCGGUCAAAAAGUUGGUAGAGGCUCCGGAGCGAGCAACAGGUGUCUGCCGUGCGGAGGGGGGGUUUUUGGGGCGGAUAGGCAGAGUUAUCCAGGAAAAGGCAAAGAGUGAUAUUGAUAGGUUGUUGUCGGGCACUGAGAAGACAAGGCAGAAUCUGAAAGUGGUGGAUGAGCUGCUCACAUACUGGAAGUUGGAAGAGUCAGAAAACAUUCUGGAAGAGUUAGAAGAGGCUCUGCUGGUUGCUGACUUUGGCCCACGGACUAGUCUCAAAAUCAUUGAUGCUAUUAGGAAGGACAUCCUGGCUGGGGAGAUCAAAACGGGUGAAGAGAUCAAGACUCGCCUGAAAGAGUCCAUUGUUCGACUACUGACCAAGAAGGCCGGCUCAAGCGAGCUCCGCUUUGCAGCCCAGGCCCCAACGGUCAUCAUGGUCGCCGGUGUCAACGGAGGGGGCAAAACAACGACGAUAGGGAAGUUGACGCACCGGCUGAAGAACGAGGGCAAGACCGUGAUGAUGGCGGCGGGCGACACUUUCCGGGCAGCGGCGGUGGAGCAGCUCGAGAAGUGGGCGGAACGGACGGGGGCCGAGUUCGUCAAGGGGGCGGGAGUCAAGUCGCGGCCGUCAGCAGUGCUUGGACUUGCGUUGACGCAAGCCCGGUCAAAAGCCAACGCCGUCGACGUACUCAUCUGCGACACUUCUGGACGGCUGCACACAAAUACGAACCUGAUGGACGAGUUGAAGGCCUGCAAGCGAGCGCUGGCCAAGCAAAUGCCGGACGCGCCGCAUGAGGUGCUCCUUGUUUUGGACGGGACGACAGGGCUCAACAUGCUGCCGCAGGCGCGGGAGUUCAAUGAGUAUGUCGGGAUCACCGGGUUCGUGCUGACGAAGCUGGACGGGACGUCCAGGGGCGGAUGCGUAGUGAGCGUGGUCGACGAGUUGGGCAUCCCCGUCAAGUUCGUCGGCGUCGGGGAGGCCCUAGAAGACUUGCAACCGUUCGAUGCUGACGCGUACGUAGAGGCACUGUUUCCCAGGAUAUGAGGUGACCCGGUUCUUGUUGGUGCCGCUCAAAAGAUGAUAAUACUUGUGGAACAAAUCUUGUAACAGGCCCUUGUAUACCGUUCAACCAAUAAGAUAGCGACUGCGGCGUUCAAGAGGGAAAGCACUGAGCACUCACAAGUCGUGAAUACGCUUUCCCAUCGAUUGGCUUGUAUGCGACGCCCCGCAAGUAUCCGCAAGCUACGGUUUACCGUCCUGCUUUCACCGAGCAAUUCGUGCUGACUCUGUGAAGGGUUCGAUCCUCAAGC